AAAUACAACCAAUGACCCUGGAAGCUAGCUGCGGAUGCUAGUUAUGCGGCUUGUUUUCUGUCUUUUUUUUCCCUUUGUAUUAUAAUCAAAUUGAGUGAUCCUGUCUUCUGGUCAGAGAUUCAACUGCUUUUAACGCAGUCAGAAGAAAUAAUUUGCCAUCAUGUUCCUCACCCUCACCCUUCUGCGAAAAGGUAUUCCUGGAAAGCAGUGGAUCGGAAAGUAUCGACGGCCUCGACAGAUUACUUGGCAAAUGAAACGCAACACACUGAAGCAACUGGAGCGCGAAGCUGAGAGCGAGUACUGGAUCAGCCGGCCGUACAUGACCCAGGAACAGGAGCACGGGCAUGCAGCAGAACGCAGAGCCCAGAACUGGCUCAAGAUCAAGGAGGCCAACUUUGCAAAUUUUCCUGAACACAAACGCAUCACAGAUCACCUGAGUCAUCUGAGAAUCACUAAGAACUGGUCGAGUUAACGUGCGAAGUGACAUGCAAAGACUGUGUUUAUAGUAUAACAAUCUAAAACAGUUAAUUUGUCCAAAGUAGCUCUGUUUUUGUUUAUUAUGGCUUAUUAUUACUGAGUUUCUUGAUGUCAACUGAGAAGCCACCUUGAAGUGUUCCCAAAAGACCGUUCUCACUCCCUCUGUUCGCAGAUGUUUUGGGUUCGGCUGAAAAUGUGACUGGAAUUCUUCCUUUCGAUGUAGCUUUCUUUGGAUAAAAUCCUCUUCAAAAGCCGCGUUUUAUCUGUGUGUCCUUAAUUAAGAGCUUAACAACAAAAUACACUUUUAAGUUCAGCCUCCCCACUGGUUACAAAAGCUCUUUAACUGAAUGAGCUGCACAAGUGUAUUCCAUGAGGAAAACUGAGAAAUUAUAUAGAUUAUCUGGGGCAUUUAGGGCAAAAUUAUGUAACUUUAACAAACAAUUGAACCCAUUUUAAUUUGUUGUGACUGUAAAGCCUUUUUGACCCUUUGAAGUUUUAUAAGAGUGGGGGGAAUAUUUUUUUUAAUCUAAAGGAAAUGCUUUUGUUUUAUUCACAGAUCCUUUUAAGGUAUUGUGUUUGUAGGUAAUGAGCCUUAUUAUUUUAUCUACUGCUCUGUAGUCUUGUGAUAAGAUAUGCUUUAUGAUUCCUGCUAUUGGCACAAAUCUAAGGCUCUCCAGAGACUCUGGAUUAUUGGCCCUCAUGAAAACUCAGGCAAUCUCCUCAGAUGCAGCACAACACUGUUGUCUAACAGUGGUUAUUGCCAUCACAUAUCAGUAAUAUUGACAGAACCAAUACGUAUCUGGAGGAAGAACCUUUUAAGGACAGACUGAAUGAAGGAAGGUGUGACCCAAACACAAACUCAAAUUACAUACCCUUAAAUGGAAACACAGACCUGAGACAAAUUUAUCUGUAGUUUACUUUAAGACCUCAUUCAGCAUUUCCAAGCAAUAAAGCAGACAAUGCAUAACACAUGCUGUAUUGGCCAUGGAUAUAAGAAAUAAUUCACUGUAUAGUGUAAACACCUUUGUUAAAAUUCUUUUACACAAUGAGGGUUUAAAGAAGGGUGUCACAAACAAUAGUAUGAAAUGCUAAUAUAGUUAGUGUUCUACAUAAAUCUGUGUUUUAGUUAAUUGAUAGAAUCAGCGCUAAAGAAGAUACUGACUGUCAGAGCACAACCAAUCUGCACACACGUAGCAUUACACUGUUGUCUGAUAACAGUUAUUGCUUUUAUGUAAUAAUUCAUAAUUUUAUCACCAGAGAGGUGGAAAAGCCAGCAGGUGACCUGAUUAUUAUAUCCUUUUAAGGAAAGAGUGGAGUAAGUUGUGACCAAAUAAAAAAAAGAAAGAAAAGCAAACACUGACUCGGAAAUCAUCUGCCCUUAAAUGGAGCCAUUAGGCUCAUGUACCCACCCCAAUGAGGGUUUAUCGUCAAUGACGUACACAUGGUGAGCAUAAACACUUUGAUUUUGUGUGCAUAAUGCCUGCAGAUGCUACAUGAGGGGUUAAAGUGUAACUGGCAAUAAUAUAAGAAGAUAAUGUGCUCUGGUUGCUCCUGUCUUUCUAUCAGUGUGUGCAGGACAGUGAAAUAGCAAAACAGCAGGAAGAUUCUGCCAUUUUCCACUUUUUUAAUUGGUGUAGCACAAAACAGCGGUAACCAGAGCUUCUCUGCAGUGCAGGCAGGUUGCUGGUUUCCAUAGUAGCCAUCCAGUCUGAUUUAGACUUGCAACAACAGGCGAGCCCAAAGUGUGAGGACAGAAACCUGCAGCCCUCACCUGCAGGUAUGAGGAAACCAUUCAUGACAUCAUUCUUUCCACCUAAACUGUUUUAAUUUCGAUGGAAAUGUCACUGCAGGAUUUGUUUUCUUACCCUGUCUUAGUGUGGCCACCUACGGGUCCAAAAUAAUUGAGCAAGAUUUAUGAGGUGAUGAAAAAAAUGUUCUAGAAAGAGCUCACGGCAGUAAACAAAGAGGAAACCACAAAGUUCAGCAUUACUGUUCCUACAAAUUAACUGACCAGAAUUCUCCUGGGGAGAUUUUAGGAAGGUUUUUUCUUAAUUUAAUAACACCUGCAAACUUAGAAGAGAGGUUAAACCUCACUGUUUGAGAUUUGACUUUUACAGCUAAAAAAACAAAAAAACUGAGGGUCGGGGCCCAACACGGAGACACAACUUAAAUUUGAAGGAUUGUGUGAUGUUUAAUGAAGAAGAAAACAGGUGCAAAUGUAAGUUCUACUGCAUAACUUAUAUCUGAAAAUAAAUAAAGUACAAUAAGUACAAUUUCCACUGCAAAGUUC